AUGAGUAGACGAGUGGAAAGGCACGAAAACCUUCGAAGUGGUACAAAGGUAUGCGAGGAAAACAAUAACCGAGAAGAGAACGAGAAUAAUAGUAAUAAUAAUAAUAAGGUGGAGGAGGAGAAGAAGAAGAAGAAGAAGAAGAAGAAGAAGAAGAAGAAGGAGGAGGAGGAGAUGGUGGAGGAGUUAACCAGUGUCCUUUCAGUGUAA